AUGCAUAAACCAUCCAUCGCACAAAUCGUCUACAACACUACGUUCCCUCGACCCAAACCCGCCGACCCACCGUCGUUCUCAGUGCACAUCACGCGGAAUCUAGUUCCAGAAGUGAGGGUUGAGACAGCAGCUUUCUAUGGAUCGCUCGAUUCGAUCGAAGCACAGUACCCUGGACUCGACUACUCGUAUGGUCCUCAUCGCAUGCGGCUGAGUCGUUUCCCAUGGCACCGCAAGUUGUUCAAGGUCUUUGACGAGCUUGGUUUGACCAAGCAGGAGAUACUGGCGCUCUGUCGCUGGGAAGGAACAUUAUCGGCUCGAGAGAGAUACGAAAAAGAAGAAGGCAUCAAAGUUCGCGACACGACCGCGGACAGCGUGCGUCCUGCCACCCCGUCACAAGAACCUUCCGCUCGAUUCCACACAAAUGAGACGGAACCCUCAACUCCCGAAGAUGGCCCCGUGACACCGGAGGAGUUUGUGCAGGAUCUACUUCCGUUGGCGACAACACAGCAGAAGGCCGAAGACGAGGGGGACUAUAGCGACGAAGAAAUGGAGAGUUACGGUGUACGACUUAAUCAGCGCCUCAUUUACGCGACAGCUGCUCGCGAACGAGGCCACAACAUCCCCCUGGAUGAGGAAUGGGAGCAAUGGCUCAAGGAAGCGCGUGAACGAGGCAGCUAUGAUAUGGUGGACGUAGUGCGGACUGGCCAACCGCUGGAGACAAGACCAAAUAGCUCUGUUUCAGCAAUGCCGGCACAAAGCGCAGCCCUGAUGAGCCAACUGGCAAUAGCAGCGCAACAACCGGUGACAGCCAAAUUCGACACCCAGGAAGGCCCCAAAGUUGUCCACCAAGUUCCCGACGGGGCCAUCGUCCCCUCCCCUACAGCUUCACCGCAGCAAGCCCCCUUCUUCACCUUCUCCGACAUAUCCUUCUUCGUAAUCCCGCGUCAAGAACUAUGCGGUAACCUGCUCCAAGUUUGCACAAACGGAUACCGCAUUCUGGGCUACCCUAUCUGCAUGAAAUCGGUCCAAUAUGACCGAAACGAAUUCAUAUUCAACUUCUGUUUCGUGUUGGCUGAGGAGGAGGAUUUCAGCAAAUACAAGAGCAUUGUGCAGAAACUUGCGGAUUUGAUGCAUGGGCUGGAAGAACAGAGUUGUUUCCUGAGUCGCGACUUUUCGAAGAGUGGGGAGGGGAAAGUGUAUAGCCUAUGUGAGACGUUGAUGGAAGAUUUGAAUAGUUAUAGUGAAUGCAUGAUUCCUAUAGAUAAGUUGAAUACGUUGAACUUCAAGCUUUUUCCUGUCUAUCCUGCACCGCCGUAUGUGAAGGCGUGGGAUGUUCCGUUGUUUACUGUUCGAUUUGAGGCGUUUUUGGAUGAAAAUUGGGAUCUUACGCUGCAAAAAAUUGUUCCAUACAUCAACGGCGUGAACAGUGUGCGCAUCAUUUCUAUACUCGCCGACGUCGAACUUUCCCUAGCUUACAAAGCGAUACGGCACUUACUAUACUACGGCGACGAAGGCAUGCAGCAGGAAUGCGCUCGAUAUGUAAAUACUCGCUUUGCGCCGACAACUUCAUUGCGCAUGGCACCGGCAUCCCCUCCUUCUUCUGAGUAUCGCGGCGACUUAUCAGGCAGCGUUUCGCACCAUCCAAUCGAGGAUAUAGAGGAUGUUAUCUGGCCAAUGAUUGGUGACAGCAACGACGACGACGACAACGACAACAACCACGACACUCACAAGAACAAUGUAGGCUCAUACUUAUCCGAAACACGACGCCGACCAAAGAAGAAACGAAAAUACCUCGACGGUGUUGGCCUAGUAGAGCUGUAUGCGAGCCUACGACAGGGCCAAAGCGUCAAGCAAUGGUACACACUCAACGCGCGACAACUCGCCAACGUCGAUAUUCGACGAUUUAUCACGUUCGGCAUCAUUAAGGGAUUCUUGUAUCGAGUUCACAAAUAUGCGUACGGACCACGACCGGAAKGCUUUGUGUAUACAUCGUCACAUGCGGAUAUGAAAUCGUUAUCCAAGGCGGCGUCUACAUCCUCAGUUAAGGGUGGUGGUGGUAUAGGCAGCGGAUUAGGAUCGUCCAUGAAUUCUGCGGGUGGUGCUACGACUGCUGGUGAGGAUGCGAUGUUUAGUAGAGAUAAUUCGAUCCGAUAUGGUCGAAAUGACAACGAGCAGCAACAGCAACAGCAACAGCAACAAACCGGCAUCAUGUCGAGUUCGUAUCAAAGUACUAACAACACCCACACCAACCACAGCCAGAAUCACAGCCACACAAACAGCAACAAUAUAAGCCUCCGCCUCGGCUCAGCCAGUACAUCCUUUGACACCGACCCUCGCCACCAAACCCACACUCACGAAGAAACCGAACACAACAAUCUCAACAGCGAAAACCACUCCACAGGAAGCAUUCCAGACGACGACUUCGCCGACGAAGAGAGCAAAGAAGGCGGAACAGCGCAGGAAGCAAUCCGAUUCCAUCAGAACCACAAAGCGUUGGAAAAGUAUCUAGAUGGACAGCAUUGUUUUGACGAGAUUUGUACAGAGUUAGAGAUUAGUGAGCGCGAGUUGACAGGGAGGUUGAGACGGAUUCCUUGGGUUGUGCAUAUUAUUCAUCGAUAA